AUGUCGUUCUUCGACGGUUCCUCCUUUGGGGACAAGCUAGGAUCAAUGAUGAGCUUGGAAGUAACGAGCAACAAAGUCGAGCGUCUGGCCAAUAACUUGUUCGAUGCUCCUGUGGAGUCAAUGGAUAAGAACCGAUAUCUCGUACUCCCUACAGGGCUGAGGAUCAUCCCCGGCGCGGACCUCAUUCUCCGUGGUUGCAAGAGGCAUGUCAUCCUGGAUGUGUUCGGCCACGACAUAUACAACGCAGUCAACGCAAGCCGGGCCUAUAAAGAAGAGGCAGAGCAAGGCAACCCUCUUACAGAAUGUGUGACAAUGACGAUAUCGCACCGAGCCGACGAUGGGGCUAUAAUCAACCUCUCACUUGAUGAGAGGGAGGCAUUGCGAAUCAAGCAUAAACUCUUCGGAUGA